GUUAAUAAUAAAACAAAUACUGUAUUUCAAUGCUACUAUAAAUACAAUUAACAGUGUAGACCAGUAAAAGGUCACGAAAUCGCCAUCAAGAGCACCUUCACUUUAUUGCUGCGUGAGGCGCCAAAUGUAAUUUUGAGUGAAGAAAUAAUAGUAUAAAUGCGUGUUUAACGAGAAAAACUGAAUUUGUUUUAGAUAACACAGUUGACAGUCUUUCCAUUAGGCGGUUUAUCUCAAUUCGUGCUCUGACCGGUUGUCUGUUCCUUGAAGUUUUGACAGUCUAACAAUAUAUAUUCUUCCAGGCUCGUGUACUGGAUCGUCAUAGCAGUGAGCCACAAACAAGCCACGGGGUCACACCCACUGCUUCCCGGUCUGCUAAGAGGAAGUGGUCAAGCACUUCAAGCCCAUCAUCAGGAUCAGACGACGGUUUAGUACCAGAAAACGAAGUACGGGUUGCCAUGAAGGAGGCAAAAUUUUGGAAGGCACAAUAUCGCCUCCAAUGUCAGCACAAUGCAACACUUAAAAAGGAAGUGUUGUUCCUUAAGGAUACUGUGAAGGAACAAUUAAAUUCAUUUAAGGACAUGCUGCAGGAAAUGCCGAGGACCAGAGUGGAUACUGGUGUUGCUGUGGCUUCGGUGGAGCGACAGAGAGACAUGGCUACAAGAGAAAUGAUCAGUGGGUGUAUUCAUGAUCAAAGGACAGCGGCUCCACGUCAUGAAGGAAUUGGAAUCUCCUCGAGCCUAGACUUGGCCACAACAGAUAGACAAGGGGAUUGUUUGCGAGGAGGUAUGCCUGCAGCACCUGUGGAGAGCGAUUCUAUGGUGGAGGAUGUGGGAUUGGAAGUAGAUGAAGCCCAUGCUGAUGGCAUGCACGACAAUGUGGCAGAAUUCGCUCCUACUGCUGAUGGCCGUUUUCACCUCUGCAAGGGGGUCACCAUUACUUCACAACAAGCAAGCAAAAUCUUCAGUAAUAAGAAGCCCACAAUUGUGGUGCGCGACUGUGCUCAGGCGAUUUGGGGGCUGGAGGCACUGGCCCACAGAACUGUGAGUGGGCGUUCUGUGCCAGGCGAGGAAACCAAACAGCUCACCCCAGAAAAAGUGCAAGUUGUGAACGGUGAGCAUAUUCAUUUGUUUCAUUUCUUGAAUGAAUGCUGUGCAUUUUUUUGCUUAUCUAGCCUUCUCUUUUUUGAAGAAUGCCUGGCCUAUUGGGGCAAAGAAAAGAAAGAAGAUGUCACAGUGGCUUCCCAUGGGCUCCAGCGAAUACUUAGCGAAAAGAUACAGGACGUGAAAAAGAAAAUCAAGCAGGCCAAAGCGUAAUACGAACUUCAGAAGACAAGGAAACGCGCUCGGCCAAUCAGCCAUUUUGUCCUUCCUGUGUGUGUUGUUUUUUAUCCUGUGUGUGUGUGUAUGUGUGGUUUUUUUUUUUCUCUUAAACUAUUAAGAGAAAUAAAGUAUUUUUCUAAAACCUGGCCUCCUUAUUGCAUCAGGAAAGGCACUUUUUCCUUGGGAACAUCAUGCUCCCAAUUUAGAGUGCUCCCAAUUUCCUGCCAUAACAGCUUCCAUUUCCUGCAGGAACGUCUUUCGUUUCUAGCUGGAACGAUUCCCAUUUCCUGCUGGAACGACUUCCAUUUCCGGCUAGAACGGCUUCCAUUUCCGGCUAGAACGGCUUCCAUUCCCGGCUAGAACGGCUUCCAUUUCCGGCUAGAACGGCUUCCAUUCCUGGCUAGAACGGCUUCCAUUUCCGGCUAGAACGGCUUCCAUUCCUGGCUAGAACGGCUUCCAUUUCCGGCUAGAACGGCUUCCAUUCCCGGCUAGAACG